AUGUUUGCCGCCGGACAUGACAACGGAAUGGUUGUUUUCAAAAUUCAAACAGAACGUCCAGCUUAUGAAAUUGAUGAUCAGAAGCCUGAAGUUCCACCUGAAAGAUCUUCUACAAGAAUUUCGAUAAAAUUAUCUGAAAAACAUGGUCAGAAAGCUGAAAAAUCGAAAAAUUCAUCAAAAUCUGCUUCAGAAGCUGAAAUUCAAGCUGAAAAAGCUGGAAAUCGUCGAAAAUAUGCUCCAGAAGCUGAGAAUGAUGAAAAAAAGCCUGAAAUUGUGACCAAAAAGGAUGGAAGAUCAAGAUCCACAUCUAUAAAAGCUCAAAAAUCUGUUGAGAAUCGUCGAAAUUCAUCUGGAAAUUUGAAAAUUUCACGAAAACCUGCUCCAGAAGCUGAAAAAGCUCGAAAACCUGUUGGAAGACCAAGAUCGAAAACUGUUAGAGCUCAAAAAUGUGCUGAAAAUGAGGCGAAGCCUGAAAUCGCUGAAGAUAGUCAAAUUUCAUCUGGAAAAGCAGAAAAUUCAUCAAAUUCUGCUCCAGCGCCUGAAAUUCAACCUAGAAAUGCUGAAAAUCCUCGCACAUCUGCUCCGGGAGCUGAAAUUAUGGUCAAAAAGGUUGGAAGACCAAGAUCGAAAUCUGUAAGAGCUCCAGAAUCUGCUCCAGAGCCUGAAAUUGCUCCAGAAGCUGGAAAUUGUGAAGUCAAACUCGAAAUAUCUGAAAAUCCACAAAAAUUGACUGAAAAUGUUGUAGAAGUGAAACUGGAAAUUGAGGAAGCGGAAUAUUCGAAUUUUGAAGUCAAAAUGGAAAUUGAGGAAAAUGAAGAAGCUGAAUAUCCGGGAAUUUUGAAAAAAGUGAGUUUUUUGAGCUGAAAAUUCGUGAUUUUCAGAUUUUUUGGGUCUAGAAAAUGUAAAAUUAUCUGAAAAUUCGAAAAUUUUAGAUUUUCAGCUCAAAAUUCAAAAUUUUUAUUUAAAAAUUUAAAAAUUUCAAAUUUUUUGGAUCUAGAAAAUGUAAAAUUAUCCGGAAAUUUAAAAAUUUCCAAAUUUUUACACAAAAAAUCAUAAAAAAUGUUCCAUCUGCUGACUAUUGACUUCAAAAAAUUCCACCAAAAAUCUUCAAUUUUUUCUAGUUCCUCUACGACGAGAAUAAUCCAUUCGUAAUCUGCUCUCGCAAUUUUGUCCCAUUAUAUCGUGGUCAACCAUUGUACAAAUGCUCAUUCUGCAGAGCAUCGUAUUCCGAAGGUUUGGAAAGCGAAUUGUGCGUGCGAUGUUUGUCAGAUAUCCAAAAUUGGCAAAAAUGUAUUGGGAUUGAGAAUUUCAACAUUAAACAAUUAAAUUCCUUUCAAUUCAAAUGUGUGAUGAUAAUUAAUUAA